AAGAAAAAAGUACAUGAAGAAUUGUUGGGAAUUUAUGGCACGGAAACAGUAAAAUCUGCACCAAUUAAAUACGAUGAUUUACAAUAUAUGCAAUAUUUGGAGCGAGUUAUCAAGGAAACGAUGAGGAUUUUCCCUACUGUCCCUGUGAUUGGACGAAAAACAACAAAAGAUUUAAAAACAGGAGAGACUGUUAUACCAAAAGGUACAGAAGUUUUUAUAGCAAUUAUGAAAAUACACCGAGACGAAAGGUAUUGGCCAAACCCUUUGGUGUUUGACCCGGAUAGAUUUCUUCCAGAAAGACUAAAGAAUUGUUCCAUAUUUUCUUAUCUUCCGUUUGCUGACGGACCAAGGAACUGUUUAGGUAUUAAAUAUGCAAUGAUCUGUAUGAAAGUCAUGUUAGCAACAUUGAUACGAACGUAUUUAUUCAAAGUUAAUAAAAGUAUUGAAUUGGAUAAAAUAAAUGUGACACUUGACCUUGUAGCAACCCCUGUUGAGCCUUUUAAAGUCAAAAUUGAACAACGAUCCAAUAAAAUAUUGUAGAAAUAUAUUAAAUGUUUGAAAUUA